CCGACAGUGGCGGCGUGCGUUUGCCUAUGUGACACAAUUACAACAACUUUGAGCCGAUGGUUGGGGAAGUUUGCGACAUUACCAAGUAACCCUCACUCCUAAAACCCAACAUUACAGCAACUUCAUGCAUACAUUGGCACUGGAAUAGACGCUGUGUUUUGAUGUACAAUGAGGAGGGUGGAAGGUAACUUGAAGGGAUUAUUUCCUUGAGGAUUUGGCAAGAAUUACGCUACGCCCCGUUUUAGUCCUGGAUAACGUUAGGUGUGCAACACUUUCGUUGUUACUGCGUUUUUCCGGAGUUACUCGGUCCCGUCGAUCUUCACAUUUAUUUCCCAUGAAAUCGUGCGGAGUGUCGCUCACCGCCGCCGCAUCUGCUGCCGCCCGGAGUCUCGGUGUUGCUGGUAAUGACGAGGAGAAAAUGGCGUCGGGAACAGCGACUGAUAUCGAAGAGGACUUUCCGAAGCUAACAGCGCAAGAAAAAGAGAGCUUGGUCGGAACUGACAGUUCACUGUUUGGAUUUCAUAGGCUUCAAGAAGAUGGCGCCAGAACGAAGGCCUUGCUGUUAAAGGCUGUUAGCUGCUACGAUGCCCUCAUCCUGAAAGCAGAGGGGAAAGUGGACCCUGACAUUUUCUGCCAGCUGGGCCAUUUCAACCUCCUGCUAGAGGAUUAUCCAAAAGCAUUAUCUGCAUACCAGAGGUACUUCAGUUCACAGCCAGACUACUGGAAGAAUGCUGCCUUUUUAUAUGGCCUUGGCAUGGUUUACUUCCAUUACAACGCAUUUCAGUGGGCAAUCAAGGCGUUCCAAGAGGUGCUUUACAUCGACCCCGGCUUCUCAAGAGCUAAAGAGAUUCACCUGAGACUGGGACUCAUGUUUAAAGGCAACACGGACUACGAGUCAAGCUUAAAGCAUUUUCAGCUGGCUUUGAUCGACUCCAAUCUCUGCACUUUGUCCAAAGCUGAAAUUCAAUUCCACAUCGCUCAUUUAUAUGAGAUCCAGAAGAAAUACAGAGCGGCAAAGGAAGCGUAUGAAAAUCUGUUGCAGACCGAAAAUCUUCCUGCACAGGUGAAGGCGACCACACUGCAACAACUUGGCUGGAUGCAUCACACGGUGGAACAGCUGGGGGAUAAAGGCACGAAGGACAGCUAUGCCAUCCAGUGUCUACAGAAGUCUUUAGAAGCAGACCCGAACUCUGGCCAGUCCUGGUACUUUCUCGGCAGGUGCUACUCCAGUAUUGGGAAGGUGCAGGAUGCCUUCAUCUCUUACCGUCAGUCCAUCGAUAAGUCAGAGGCCAGCGCUGACACCUGGUGCUCCAUAGGGGUGCUCUACCAGCAGCAGAACCAGCCUAUGGAUGCACUGCAGGCCUACAUCUGUGCUGUUCAACUGGACCACAGCCACGCGGCCGCCUGGAUGGACCUGGGCACCCUCUACGAAUCCUGCGGCCAGCCGCAUGACGCUAUCAAGUGUUACAUCAAUGCCACGCGCAGCAAGGCCUGCCUCAACACUGCUGCACUCACACAACGCAUCAAGCUGCUGCAGGCUCAGUUGUGUAACCUACAGCCAGGUAGUCUGCAGAAUAAGAGUAAAAUGCUUCCUAGUAUUGAGGAGGCAUGGAGCCUACCCAUUCCUGCUGAGCUCACGUCCAGGCAAGGGGCCUUGAACACUGCACAAGCACAGCAGGCCUGUAAGGGGGAGGCAGGCCAGCCCGCCACCAAUCACACAGAGCCUCAGGCCAGUCCUGCCAAGAAGAAACGCACCGCCAGUCCUGCUAAGGGUGUGGCAGACUCGUGGGCGAACAGCCCCAAUGCGCAGCAGCAGAUCCCCAGCUGGUACCUAACGCCACAGAAGCUCCAGCACCUGGAUCACUUGCGGACGAAUCGAGCAAGCCUCAAGCCCCCCCAGGUGCAGAUGCUGGAGCAGCUGGAGGACCAGUUCUCCCUCAUGCAGCAGCAUAAGCAGCAGCAGAUGAGGCAGCAGGCAGCGGCGAGCGGCCAUCCGCGGCCUGGCCUUCCCAACGGUCCUUUGGCUGAAUCCUCUCACCACCAUGCAGGCCUCUCCCGCAUCUCCCCGCUCAACCACACAUCCAUCCGGCCCCCGUGUGUCACCCAGCCCACAGCCAACGGAUCCUGUUCAUCGAGUACCUCGGCGGGGCCGCUGGCACAUCUGGACAAAAAUCACACCCUGGGACUGGGAGGUGGUGCCGCGAGCAACGGAAACGUGCCUUACCCGCAGCAGAACUCUCUACCUCACAACUGCACAGCCGCCAGUCACCCCAGCACCAGCAGCACUACCAGUAGUCCCAGUCAUGCAGAUGAGACUUGGAGGAGCCAACAACGCAACACUACCACUCAGGGGCUUCAAAAGGGUCCAGGUUCACAUUCGGCAGGUCCAAAUGGAGAACCCCUUUUCUCUUCCUCCUCCUCCUCCCCUCACACCUCGUUCUCUUCCUCUGGCAUUCUGAAUCAGGUUGGACAUUCCUCUGGGCCCUGCACUGCCUCCUCCUCAGCCUCCUCUUUAUCCCCCACGUCUCCCCAGACCACACCCAACCACUUCUCCUCGCCUCCCCAUGCCGCUACUACCUCAGGGGUCCACACCAAAGACACCACGCCUUCAGGGGGCAAAAGCUGCAGCAACGGUGCCACUUUGCCAUCAGGUCCGGAGUCUGCUGUCAGGCAUUCCACAGGGACACCCCAAAGUCCCAGCACCACCCCCGCGCAGGGAUUGACUAAUCACAUCCAGCCGCGGGUGGCGGAAGGCUCUGCUAGCCUGUCUCGGCCCAGAUCUCCUGCCCCCGGCGUGCUCUCUUCAGACAAUCCUCAGCUCUCCGCCUUGUUAAAGGGAAAAGCCAAUGCUACCAGUAACGACGAUAACAAUAACAGUAACCAUGGAGGGCCUUCCUCAGUGAAAAUCAACAACGUCCACCCGGGUCUCCACGGUGCCGCCAAGCCAACGUCGGAAAAGUUGGCGGCAUCAUCGCCACUUCUCGCCGCCGCUGCUGCUCCCUCUGCACGUUCAGCAGGCCCUCACACCACCAACAGCCUCUCCUGCCUUAACAGUCCGUCCAACACCAACAGCCAGGGACCCACAAUUAAUGGGAAGGGGCCGGAGGACUCCCAGAGCCCACUGAAGGUCGAGCCUUCUGAAGGAGCUCAGAGACACACGGUUCAUGGUGGUCUGGCACCCUGGUCCUCGGUUUCCAUCUACCCCAGCUCCAGCGAGGUGCUCAAAGCAUGCAGGAACCUGGGGAAGAAUGGCCUGUCGACGAGCAGCAUCCUCCUGGACAAGUGUCCUCCGCCGCGACCCCCUCGCCCGCCCUCUCCUCCACUGCCAAAGGACAAGCUCAAUCCCCCGACACCCAGUAUUUAUCUUGAAAACAAGAGGGACGCCUUCUUCCCACCCCUCCAUCAGUUCUGCACCAACCCUUCCAACCCGGUCACCGUCAUCAGAGGACUGGCCGGAGCACUCAAACUAGAUCUGGGCCUGUUCUCUACCAAGACGUUGGUGGAGGCCAACCCAGACCAUCUGGUGGAGGUGCGGACCCAGUUGGCCCAGCCCACUGACGAGAACUGGGACCCCAGUGGCAGCAGGAAGAUGUGGCGCUGCGAGAGCAGCCGCUCCCACACCACCGUCAUCAAGUAUGCCCAGUACCAGGCCUCAUCCUUCCAGGAGUCUCUGCGGGAGGAGAAUGAGAAGAAGAAGGAGCCGGAAACAGAAGCAGGUUCUUCGGACAGUGCGAUGCGUCGAAGGAAGGGGUCUUUCAAACACAUUAAGUUUGGCACCAACAUCGACCUCUCCGAUGAAAAGAAGUGGAAACAGCAGCUUCAGGAGUUGUCCAAACUGCCAGCUUUUGCCCGAGUGGUGUCAGCCGGUAACCUGCUCAGCCACGUAGGACACACCAUCCUGGGCAUGAACACCGUCCAGCUCUACAUGAAGGUGCCAGGGAGCAGGACUCCAGGUCACCAAGAGAACAACAAUUUCUGUUCAGUCAACAUCAACAUCGGUCCUGGGGACUGCGAGUGGUUCGCCGUGCCUGAAACGUACUGGGGCGUCAUCAACGACUUCUGCGAAAAGAACAACAUCAACUUCCUGAUGGGCUCCUGGUGGCCCAACCUGGAGGACCUGUACGAGACCAACGUGCCUGUUUAUCGGUUCAUCCAGCGUCCCGGAGACUUGGUGUGGCUCAACACGGGCACGAUUCACUGGGUUCAGGCCAUCGGCUGGUGCAACAAUAUUGCGUGGAAUGUCGGACCCCUCACAGCGCAUCAGUACAAGCUGGCGGUGGAGCGCUACGAGUGGAACAAACUGCAGAGUGUCAAAUCCAUCGUUCCCAUGAUCCAUCUCUCCUGGAACAUGGCCAGGAACAUCAAAGUGUCGGACCACCGGCUCUUUGAGAUGAUCAAGUAUUGUUUGCUCCGGACGCUGAAGCAGUGUCAGAUGCAGCGGGAACUGCUGCAGGCAUCUGGGGGAGAACUGGUGUGGCACGGGAGGAACCAGAGCGAGCCGGCUCAUUACUGCAGCAUCUGUGAGGUGGAGGUGUUCGACCUGCUGUUUGUGACCACGGAGAGCAACAGCAGGAAGACAUAUGUGGUGCACUGCCAGGACUGUGCCCGUAGGGGGAGUGCUAACUUGGACAACUUUGUGGUGCUAGAGCAGUACAAGAUUGAGGACCUCAUGCAGGUCUAUGACCAGUUCACCCUGGAAGUAAGCCAGCAGUCCUCAAACGGCGCUCUGUAGCUAUCCCAUAAGGCAGCUGUGUGAAAGCUGUGUGUCUAUGCAACCUGCCCCAGAGUGGUGUGCCUCCCCCCGGUGGACUGGAGGGGGGUGGCAGCGCCUCCUGUCGUCAUGACCAGACUGUUCUACUGCUGGCCCAGCUGGACUCCCAAGAUCCCACACAAACAAAAAACAAACAAAAAAAAGAUGAAUCAAAGUUUUGUACAUAAUGUUUUAACUGGCAACACCGUCACGCCAAGACUACUGACUUGAUAGUUUUUCUUUUUUCCAUUUUUGUAUUCUGUUUGUGAGUUUGACACGAGCGCUUUGCUCCCUCCCCUCCAUGAGAUGAGUCGUUAGCAUAGCCGGCCUUUUGUAUGUUAGAUAGACGUCUCCGUGGUCAGGACAACCACAUAAAAAACAGUUUUUGUAAUGUGAAAAGUUCAGAGACAUUCAUUGUCCCCCCCCCAUUUCUUUUUCUUUUUUUACAUCAAAACAUUUUGAUUUCAUUUUGAUGGAACUAUGAGAUUUUGAUGACUUUAUGUUGGGGGAGAGGAAAUCAUGUAGAAGAACAGCCAAGUCACAGAAAAAGGGUUGCACAUAGAUGAGUGAACUUUAAUUAAUUUUUGUAUUAUUUUGAUGUAAAUUUACACUAUUUAUAAAUGCAUAUUUAUUGCUUGAAAAUGUUUGUUGAUGGAAUGCUGUAAUUUCUUUCCAGAGUACCUGCCAUUAAAUUUGAAGGAGCCUCGUGAUUUUAAGCUUGGCCCCUCAUACGUUUUCUAUAAACAUAAAACUGCUUAGUAAGCAUUGUACAGAGACCUGACCUGGAAACAGGUUUAUUGUUUGAAGGAUGUUUUAUGAGUCAAUAAACAAGAACUGUCUUUAUUUA